GCGGGUUUGCCCAUGACAUCAGGAAUUCAAGAUGGCGGCUCAUUCGCAAGUCUUGUCGUGUUUGAGGUUGUUACAGCGAUCUUGUACGAUAUGGGGUAGCAGAUCGCCAGAUUUCAUUGGAAAUAGAGCAAUAAUACUGUCAGGUGCUACCUGUAGGUUCUAUCGUGGUAGUAACAGAGACACCAGAAGGAGAGAAAGAAAUGAAAGAGCAAGACAACGCAAAAGAGAAGGAAUUAAGCCAAAGGUUUUUGACAAAAGAGAAUUUAUAAAUAUCAACUAUGACAAAGAGUUGUUUGCAUUCAAAAGUAGAUUAUCUCUUCAGUCUAUUGAUGAUAGUGUACUCAAGCAAGCACUUACACAUGAAUCCUAUCAAGAAGAUCCUCAACUUGCUGAUCAAAAUAACUCCAAGUUAUCAAUAUUAGGUUAUAAUCUAACUGCCCAUCAUAUCACAGAAUUUCUUUGUUUCAAGUAUCCAUCACUAAAUGUGGAAGGAAUCAGAUGUCUUAUUGACUUCCUGACAAGCAGAGAAUCCAUUGUUAAAAUAGCUCAGUUGACUGCCUUGCCUGAACUUAUUAAAACAGAGUUUGACCUUGACAUGCUGCACCAAGAAAAGCACCUCAACUACGUGAAAGAAGAUGUCAUUUGUGAUGCAUUCUAUGCUCUGAUUGGUGCCAUCUACAGUGAUAAGGGUUCCCAUGAAGCUAAUAAGUUCAUUCAGGACUUUAUUAUCACUCAGCUUCAGGGACAAGAGUUGUCAAACCUACUCACAUUCAAAGACCCAGAGAAUCUUUUAAAGGACAUCUUACUAGCUGAGGGAAAGCCGAAACCAGAAGCACGCUGCAAGUUAUAACAUCACCAAAGCAAAGAAUCAAGCGACCUUAGCUUCGUUGAUGAAGCUGUUUGAACGGGACAUGAAGCUCGACCCAUCCUUGCCUUCAGAAAAAGAAGAAAUAAAGUUUCAGGUUCAUGAACGGUCAUGAAACAAAGUGGUGUUAAAAUAAAACGAUAUUCAAAUUCUUUAUUGAGUUGAGCCAGUAGUCAAAUUUAUUAAAUUAAAGUUGAGCAUUAUUUUCA